CACCGGUGACGCGUUAGCGUCCUUAGCCGUGUGGCUAGCAGCUCCGAGAAGAUGGCAUCCCCGGACCAGCCUGACCACCAAAAUCAGAACGCUGUUCCGCCCAGAGAAGACGCGGCUCCAAGAGAAGCGCUGAUUGCCACGGCAGUCAGAUUUCUACAAAACCAGCAAGUUCGUCAAAGCCCCCUGGCAACCAGAAAAGCUUUCUUGAAGAAAAAAGGUCUGACUGAUGAAGAGGUCGAGCUGGCCAUCCAGCGGUCCGGUAGUACAGAUGAGCCGCUGACUGUCGCCGUUCCCGGACCUGCACACAUCGCCCACCCUGUUCCACUGGCCCCAUACAGUCCCCCAGGUUACAGAUGGAGAGACUACAGCGCCCUGGCUGUCAUCCUGGCAGGAAUAGCCUUUGGCUUCCAUCAUCUCUACCGGAAAUACAUCCUUCCCCUCAUUAUGGGCAGCAAAGAGGACAAGAAGCAUCUGCAGCGGAUCGAGAGCAACAUCGCGGAUAUGAGUGGCACGCUGACACAGACAGUCACCCAGUUGCAGAUGACCCUGGCUUCGGUGCAGGAGCUGCUGGUCCAACAACAGAAGAAAAUACAGGAGCUGACACAAGAGCUGGCUAACUCACAGGCCUCAUCUGCCACCAACCGCAUGCUGGAGUCUCAGAGCAUCAGUGAACUCAAGGCUGAGAUUGUGUCCCUGAAGGGUCUUCUUCUCAGCAGGAGACAGUUCCCCGCUUCACCCUCUGUUCCCAAAAUCCCUUCCUGGCAAAUCCCUCUCAAACCCGGAUCGCUGUCCAACCCGCCCUCCGUCAACCACACCAACAGCAGUAGCGACAUCUCGCCCGUCAGCAACGAGUCGGCCAACUCCUCCCCCGUCAAAGAGGGAAACAGCUCCCAGGUCACCCCGUCCGGCUCGCACUGCCUCAACGGAGAAGUGGGCCUAGGCUCCAUUCUCCCACUGGACCUGAAAGACCAGGUCCGUAUGGAAGUCCAGGGGGAGGAGGAGAAGAAAGAGGACGACGAGGACGAAGACGAGGACGACGACGUGACCCAGGCAGAUGAGGAAGACCACCUGAGCGUGCAGACGGAGGACAGGAGGGGAGGCGACGGACAGAUAAACGAGCAGGUGGAGAAGCUCCGGCGUCCAGAGGGUGCGAGCAACGAGAGCGAGGUCGAUUAGAAAGAAGCGUCCGUCCGUUCGCUUCUCCCAGUUUCCUUACAGUUAAUUCAAGUUCUGAAAUCACACCCUCGUCGCAGUAAAACAGCUACCGUGAGCAUCAUUUUAACACUGUACGAAAGCGGCAGGUGAGGUGGAUUAUGUUCCUUUCACUGCAGUUCUUUACCCUUUUGACUUUACAACAUGCAAACUUUCAACGUGCAAACCAGAGACGGCACAAAUCUUCUGCAUGCCUGAACAAGCACAGCAACAGAAAUUUCUGGAAAGACGACAAGAUAAUUAUGACUUUUUGUUUUGCAAUCCAUACAUUUCCCCUAAAUGCUAGCUAGCACUUUUGCCAGAGACUGUAGUACGCCCAUUUAAGUCAUCAGUUGCAUUGUAGGGACUGUAGACGCAAAUCAGAGGCACCAAAGAAAUCAUAAAGUUGUGAUCUGAGAUUGUAGGAUUCAUUUCUACGCCAUUUCUUUUGUUUUGAUCAGCAGUAAACAGUUUUACACAGUUCCAACUCUGUUGGAUCAGCGUGUUUGUAGACCUUGUAAUCUGUCGUAGUGAAACCAACUCCGCUUCAGCAGUCCGUGCAACAACGAGGCCUUGUGAUUUGUGAUCAGAGCGAUGGUGGAUUCGAGAUUUCUGCGGGAGAACGAAAGAGAGGGAGGGAAAACACGUAUGGGAACGCAGACAAUGAGGCGAAAGAGAAAUGUGUUUGUCUCGGUUGUAUCUCUCCAGUCUCCAGCAGGGUAGCUGAUUUGGUUUAUGAAGUAUGUUAAUAAUCAAAUGAUCGACAAAUAACAGAUGUAUUAGUUCAUGCGGCUUGAAAUGUCAAGGAGGCUAAAAUCGGAAAUCUAAUACUGAAAGCCUGUUAUAUUGUAUUAUAUUACAUGACAAACCCUCCAGUCCAAAUUAUAUAGGCCUCCUGCAGUGAAUAAUCUUAACAUGAAACGGUGCUGGGGUUUUGUAAUUAAACUGUGUAAAACAAUGGAUGCUUCAGCGGAGGUGCUGACAGUUGUGCUUUUCUCUUUGGGGGCUUUUCUCUCAGAAAGUCCUGAGAGGAUUAAAAAAAAAGACAAAAAAAAAAUUUCCCCCGUGAUGCAAAUGGAGAGUAACGUAUGAAUAUUUAACUAAUGAAAUUACUCACUCGUCAGCUGAUGAGAAACAAAGCCAGAGAGAUCCUGGAGUGAGAACUAGAGCGGCAGAUCCAUUGUGACAUUUUCACAUUUAACAAAUGACCUUCAGAGUAACCGGAUUACAGCGCAGCCAGGUGAAUUGUGGGUCUGCGGCACAAUGCGAAGGCACAAUGAAAGAGCUCAACUUGUCUGGCCAUGUGUGUACGUCGUCUUACUUCCUAGACUAGGGAUGGCUUAACACUAACCCACACAUGAAUAGCACAUAUUCAUAUGAUACAAUGACAAUAGAAACCGCGUGUGUUCAUUUGAUAUGCAGUGAUUUUUUUUUUAACUCUUGAUUUGAAAAGCUACAAAUGUGAAGUGAACAUUAGAGGAAUAGUUCAGCCCCCAAAAAUCUGUGAUUUACUUAAAUGAUUAAAGGAGAAGUUUACAGAUAAUUUACUCUCCCCCUUGUCAUCCAAGAUGUUCGUGUCUUUCUUUCUUCAGUCGUAAAGAAUUUGUUUUAGGAUUUCUCUCUAUACAAUGGACUUCAGUGGUGCCUACAAGUUUGAACUUCCAACAUGCAGUUGAAAUGCAGCUUCGGCUCUAAACAAUCCCAGCCGAGAAAAAAGGGUCUUAUCCAGCUAAACAAUUGGUUAUUUUCUAAACAAAAUGUACAAUUUAUAUACAUUUUUUUUUUUUUAACCUCAAAUGCUCGGUGAUGUGCAUGUGUACUCUGUGUAAUCUGGGUCAGUACAGUUAGGGUAGGUUGAAAAACUCCCAUCUCGUUUUCUCAUCCAACUUCAAAAUCAUCCUACAUCGCUGCAGAUGUACACUCUUAAAAAUACAGGUGCUUCACAAUUCCAUAGAAGAACCUUUUUUAAGAACUUUUUUAACAUCUGAAGAAAGGUUUUUUAAAGCAAAAGAAGGUUCUUCAGGUUAUAAAAAGUUAAGAAAGAUGGUUCUUUAAUGGUUCUUUAAAGAACUUUUGACUGAAUAGUUCUUUGUGGCACCAAUAAUGGUUCUUCUAUUCUACUCUUUUAAAGCACCUUUAUUUUUAAGAGUGUACCAACCCAGUGUUUGCAAAGUGAACGUGCAAAGAUCAAACGCCCUUUACAAAAAAAGGUAAAACAGUGAUGUAGGUUGAUUCUGAAGUUGAAGGAGAAAAUGAGAUGGGAGUUUUUUGACAUACAGUAACUGUAUUGACGCGGAUUACACAGAGUACACAUGAACAUCGAAGAGCUAGACAAGACGAGUAUUAGAGGUUAAAAAGUAUAUCAAUUGUAAUUUUUUUUAGAAAAUAACUGUUUCCCUAGAUCCUUAUUCGUCGGCUGGGAUCGUUUAGAGCCCUUUGAAGCUGCACUUAAACUGCAUUUCGGAAGUUCAAACUCACAGGCACCAUAGAAGUCCACUAUAUGGAGAACAUAAUUUCUUUACGAAUGAAGAAAGAAAGUCAUAAAUGUUUCGGAUGACAAGGAGGUGAGUAAAUUAUCUGUAAAUUUUUGUUCUGGAAGUGAACUUCUCCUUUAAACCUUUAUGCAGUCUUUUAUAUUUUUGUGGAACGCUAAAAGAUACAUUUUGACAAUUUCACACUGCU